UGAAAUGAAAAAUAAUGAGAAGACGUAAAAAUAGAAAAACAGAGUAUAAAAGGGGAAGCCAAGAUGAAAAGAGCUUAAACAAUAAAAACUUGGUAGAAAAUCAAAGAAGAGAAAGAGAGAUGGGAUGUAGAGAAACAGAGAAAGAAAAAGUGAAGAAGAAAGGAUUAUGGUCACCUGAGGAAGAUGAAAAGUUAAGAAGCUUCAUCCUCAAGAAUGGCCAUGGCUGCUGGACCUCUGUCCCCAUUAAAGCUGGAUUAUUAAGAAACUCAAAGAGCUGCAGAUUGAGAUGGUUCAAUUACUUGAGGCCAGGGCUGAAAAGAGGAAUGUUUAGCCAGCAAGAAGAUGAGAAAAUCUUGACCCUUCAUCGCUUGUUAGGCAACAGGUGGUCUCAAAUAGCACAGCAUUUAGCGGGAAGAACAGACAACGAGAUAAAGAACUAUUGGAAUUCUCAUCUCAAGAAGAAAGUGGUCUCGAAUCGAGAUCCGCCGUUGGAGGGGAUGGGAAGUUCGGGCAGUAAGCGGAGUGAAACCCGACCAAGGGUCUUGUUUGCAGAAUGGCUUUCUGUGUCUGAUAUUAAUAGUGGGAGCUCCAUGGAAGGAAGUUUUGAUGGUGAGGGAAGAAGAACAACAAGUAGAGAGGGCUAUGGCUUUGAGAUGCUCAAUUGGGACCUUGAUUUUGAGGGACACAUUUCUGAUGGCUUUGCAACUUGUGAUGAACUGUGGUUUGGAAAAGAAAGUGAAUGACAAGUCUUAUAUUGGUCUUCUAAAGGGGCAUAUUUUUCUCCCACAUACCAAUUUGUUUGAUUGGAGUCUCUUUUCUGGUUCGAAUGUAGUCGAGAACAAUCGGACUAAAAGGUGGAAGCAAGAAGCAAGGGCUCGAGAAGGAAGGUCGUUUUACGAGGGUAUCCAUCAUGAACUUGGCGGCUAAGCCUUGGUUAGGGCAAGCCAAAUCGUCCCAGGAAAUUUCAGUAGCAUUUGGUGGGAUGGUUGGCUUGAAAGUUAAGAGCUUGGAGUAUUCAUUUAGACUAUGAAACAUGUAAUCAUACACCUUUUCCAUGUUUAGUUGUUCUUCCAUGUACUUACUUGCUGCCUUUCCAAUUGCUUGUGCCUAACAAAGACAUUUAAGAAACACAAAUUUUAGUCGAUCA